AAUCUUCAUGUAUUGACAGAUCUGUGUCUGCUGAUAAUAGUAAACAUCUCAAUGUUGAAUUAUUAAUUGAAAACUUAAAGAAUGUGAUAAUGAAGAAAUUGUCUAUGUCAUGUAUAACUGAGUUUUUCACAUUCUUCUCUACUCUCUCUGUUUCUUUCUCUGCUACUUUCUCUCAAUCUCUUAUAUCUGUCUCUGUAUCUGGUUCUCCUGCUUCUGCUAUCUCUGUUUUCAUAACCUCUACUUCUACUACUUCUGCUCUCACUACUGCCUUUGUUACUAGCUCUUCCUGUUUCAAGAAGAUAUUGUAUAGACUCAGUGAAUCACAUUUCUCAAGAAUCAUUCUUUCUCUCAACAGUGUUAAAAUUAUAA